AAAAAGGCCAAGCGCAAGCGCAUCACCCCUGAGCAGCUGAAGGAGCUGACUGCCGUGUUUGAAAAAACCGACACCCCGACGCACGACAUCCGCGAGGAGCUGUCUAGUAAACUUGCCAUGACAAACCGCGAAGUCCAGGUGUGGUUCCAAAACCGCCGUGCAAAGUACAAUCGCCUGCGC